AUGGUCUCAAAGAAAGCGCUGGCUCCUUUGCUCGUGGUGUACGUGGUGGCUGUGCUGGCUGAGCAGACUGAAAGUUUCCUGCCCUUCUUCACCCAGAGCAACCCAUGGAGAAUGCAGCAYGAGGAGAGGAACAAGGGGCAGAAGAAAUCCCUGACCUUGAUGCAGCAUCUGGAAGAGGAAGGCUCCUCCAAGCAGCCCAGAGCAGAAGACGUCAAGACCCUCCAGUUAGCUAUUCCUGCCAAAGCUGGGAUGCGGCUCACCUCGAGGCAGCUGGAAAAAUACCAAGAUGUCCUGGAGAAACUGCUAGCAGAGAUGUUACAGGACACCCCAGACGGUGAAGAGUUGAGGAGGAGGAAACAGUAUAUAAAGCCUAGCAAAGACUGA